AUGCAGCGGGCUUGCGGGGAUGGGCCCGCGGACCUGUCGGCCUUGGAGGAAAACUGCGCAGAGUUCAAGGCCAGGCAGGUCGAGCGGCUGCCCGAGCUCAAGUCCGAGCUCGAUGUUGAACCCAAGCACGAGCCCGGCCCCAAGCCUGAGUCUGAGUCCGAGUCCAAUCCCGAGCCCAAGCCCGAGCCCGAGCCCGAGCCCGAGCCCAAGCCCGAGCCCAACGCUGGGCCGGGGUCCGACGUGGAGCCCUUGCGGGUCGCGGAGCCUGAACCCAAAUCUGAACCUGAGCCCCAGCCCGAGCCCAACACUGAGCCCGAGCCCAGCACUGAGCCCGAGCCCAUGCCCGUGCCCGAGUCCGAAAGGCCCGUGGAGGCUGAGCUCCAGAUUCCGGUCCCUUCUUCAGCCCUCUUGACAGCCCCCAUCCCAGUUGAGCAAGGCGACCUCAGCAUCCAGGACCGCCGCCCCCGCCCCAUCGCCAGGACCAGGCUCAAGACUAAAAGCAGGAAGGCCAGCUUACUGCGCGUGCCCGAAGAGUCUGGGGGCCACCGGUGUCUCACUGUCACUGUGGACAGCUCCAAGGCCAGGACCUCCCUGGACGCCCUCAAGAUCAGCCUUAAGCAGCUCAAGUGGAGGGAGGUGAGCCCCUCUAUUCAGCCCCUCUAGAGAAUAGGCAAGUUUCCCUUUGGUCGUCGCUUGCCCUGUGACAUCUACUGGCAUGGAGUUUCCUUUCAUGAUAGUGACAUACUCUCAGGUCAAGUGAACAAGUUCCCAGGAAUGACAGAAAUGGUGCGGAAAAUUACUCUGAGCCGAGCUGUGAGAAUCAUGCAAGAUCUCUUUCCUGAGGAGUACAACUUCUAUCCUCGCUCUUGGAUUUUGCCUGAUGAAUUCCAACUCUUUGUUGCUCAGGUUCGAAUGGUGAAAGAUGGUGACCCCUCCUGGAAGCCCACUUUCAUUGUAAAACCUGAUAGUGGUUGUCAAGGUGAUGGAAUCUACCUCAUUAAAGACCCCAGUGACAUUCGAAUGGCAGGAAACCUCCAGAGCAGGCCAGCUGUAGUCCAGGAAUACAUCUGUAAACCUCUCCUCAUUGACAAACUGAAAUUUGAUAUUCGUCUGUACGUCUUACUAAAGUCUUUAGAACCCUUAGAGAUUUAUAUAGCCAAAGAUGGACUCUCUAGAUUUUGUACAGAGCCAUAUCAGGAGCCUAACUUUGGAAAUUUACAUCAUGUAUUUAUGCAUUUAACCAACUAUUCACUGAAUAUUCAUAGUGGAAACUUCAUUCAUUCUGACAAUGUUAAUACUGGCAGCAAAAGGACUUUCUCCAGCAUCCUUUGUAGACUCUCUUCCAAGGGAGCUGACAUCAAGAAAAUCUGGUCGGACAUUAUUUCUUUAGUGAUUAAGACAGUUAUUGCACUGACACCAGAGCUCAAAGUGUUCUAUCAAUCUGAUAUACCAGCAGGAAGACCUGGACCAACAUGCUUCCAGAUUUUAGGAUUUGAUAUUCUUCUAAUGAAAAAUUUGAAGCCUAUGUUGCUAGAAGUAAAUGCAAAUCCCAGCAUGAGAAUAGAACAUGAACAAGAGCUUUCUCCAGGGGUGUUUGAAAAUGUCCCAAGUCUUGUUGAUGAAGAAGUAAAAGUAGCAGUAAUCAGAGAUACUCUCCGGCUAAUUGAUCCACUGAAGCAUAAGAAAAAAGAGAACCGAUCCAGUGGUCUUUACACAACAACAUCAAAGACAAAGAGUCAAGGAAAAGAAAGCUGGUUCCAGUCUGAGAGGCAUCUACUGCCGGGCAUUGAAGCAGGUCAGCUGAGAACAGGAAGAAGAGGUCCAGGGAGGAAGCAUCUUGCCCAAGAUCUCAGAGUAUACUUUCCAGAUAUCUUUAUGGACAGAAAAUCCAGAUUCCCAUCAAUUUUUGGCAGAAUGUCUCCAUCGAAGCUUCAGUUUUCAAAGUUUUCCAUAGUCAGAUCUGAACAGUGUAAUAAAAUAUCAGGAAUGAGAGAAGAAUUCAAAGAGGGAACAGAUGAACUACUGCAAUCAGAUGUGCUCGAAGCAGAGGCUUAUAUGACCAAUGAAGCCAACUUACCCACUAUCUGCCUCAAGCAAGUAUUCCCAAAGUAUGCAAAGCAGUUCAACUAUUUGCGUUUGGUGGACAGGAUGGCAAAUCUAUUUAUCCGAUUCCUUGGGAUAAAGGGGACAACGAGGUUGGGACCCACGGGGUUCCGCACCUUUAUAAGGAACUGCAAACUCAGUAGCAGCACCUUCUCAAUGGCAUCUGUAGAUAUUCUGUAUAUUGACAUAACAAGAAGGUGGAACUCCAUGGGCCUCGAACAGAAGGAAUCAGAUAAGAAUGCUGAGCCUAAGAAAAGAGAAGUGACCGCCCAAGGUAUGUGUUUGCAAGCCUUUGUGGAAGCAUUCUUCUUCCUAGCCCAGAGAAGGUUCAAGCAUUCAACCCUUCAAGAGCAAGUUGCCUCACUGGUUGACCUGUGUGAAUAUCACCUUACCCUGCUGGAUGAGAAACGCCUACUCUACAGCAAAGGCACCUCCUCUGUCCGGACUCCAGUCAGCAGCUCUUCCCAAGAAAGGCUCCCUCUCACCCAGCCACCAAAUGGGUCUUUCCUUCCCCGAAAUAACUCUGCCAAUAAAUUUACCCACUACAGACAUCCUCAGACUUGAGGGGAUGACACUUUGGUAUGGAAGAAGGAACUCAUAAUGUCAGGGCUGACGAGGGCUCCCCACCCCAUGAGCAUGUGGCUGCUGGUGAAAUGUGGAAUGCCAAGUUUUUCUAUUGCUAAAUGUUUUCACCUAUUUAUUUCCCAUUUCCCUGAAUUCCACGCUUCCAAAAGUGAAUGCCCUGCAUACAACUGUCUGUGACCCCAACCCUUCUUUUUCAGUUCAUCAAAGGAUGGACCACAUACCUUCUGUGACAAUGGCCGUCCUUUUUACUCUUUGGAAUACCACAUAUGAAGACAGUGGGAAUAAAUCUGUACUGUCAAGAUCACUUACUCCUGGGGAUGAGAGCCACGGAGGAAACAGCCCAAGGAAAAGAAAUCUCAGGGUUUCUCUGGCCUCUUCAAGAACCAAGAGCCAUUGUGUAUCAUCAUCCAGUCACUGGGUAGCAAAUGAUAUGGGAAAAUCAAGUAGGAGUAUACAAAUCUGCAGUCCCUAAUAUAUAUGCAUGUGUCUCAAUGAGUUAACCUAGUGUUUUGGAUUAGUUGACCCCAUUUCUACAAAGCGAGUCAAUUUUCUAUUACAUUUCAGAAUGAUAGAUUUGGGAUGGUGCUGCUCAGUGGGUAUACUCUGGGAAGUUUGAUUUCUGUACCCCUAGCAUUCCCAAAACACUGAAAUGCCACCUGUUAUAGAACUUUGUAGAUGGUGUAUAUCCUGAAGACUCGUUAGAGGGACAACCCAUUUGCCUCCAAGGUUUGGGACAAGAGAAAGAAAGGAGAUAACAUUUUCUGCCUACUCCUCAGAAAACCUUUGAUUCUUAUUUUUAAAAGAAGAAAAUUUUGCAGGAUGCAAUCUUAGAAUUGAAAGGGAUCUUGGAACAGAAAAUGCUAGAAUUUAGGGCAUAGAAUAUGAGAGAGAAAAAGAACCUCAAGAUAUGAAAUGAAAGAAAAAAAGAAAGUUAAACCUAGAAGGAAUUUUAGAGCAUUAUAGACUACAAAAGAUUAAUGCUAAGAGAGAUCAUAAGAGCUACCCAGUCUAAUCCCCCUGAUGUCACAGAUGGGAAAACUAAGGCCCAGAGCUAGGGAGUGGCAGGACCAGGACUAGAAAUGAGGUCUCUGCACUCCCAGACUAGUGGCCAUCCUAUAUUACAACUUAUCACUUCUACAUUUACAAGUAGCUUCAGCCUUUGUAUUCAGGGAAAGCUAUGCUGCAGAUCUGAGUAGCUCAACAUUCUGGUGCUUCUCUUUACACUAAAAGUUUGGCCAAUAGUUAGACCCUGUUGUAAUUAAUAUUCCUAUGUAGUACAGGGAUAAGAAAUAGGGUUCAGAGA